CUCGGAUAAUCCGAACUUUCGCUCCCUCAUCUCCGGCCUGGCAGGAUAUUGGCAAUGAUCGUUCUUGGAAUUCGGGACUUGAUACGCCGAAGAAGGUUGCCCGCUAGUAUGGUCUCGGAUCAUUCUCCGCGCGAUCAGCAUGGAAGCGAUGAAGACGCGGGGAAGCCUGCAUAUCAUGCUACCUUGCGUGGCCGUGACGACAGGGUUCGGGCUAUCAUUACCCCAGACUGAUCAAUCUGCUCGAUUGCGGGGAACCAUGUCCACGCGACCGAGCCAAAUGGCAACAUACGCAUAAAUAGGGGCCAUCCGAUGGUCAACAUUGCUCAUCAUCGAGCAACCAUGUCGCUCUCAGUAUCACAAGUCUCGUUCGAGCACCACCGAGCCGCUCUAGGAAUUGGGGAAUCGACACCUCGAAUCUCCUGGAGGUUCAAUGGUACUGUUUCCAAUUGGUGGCAGAGUGCAUACGACAUCGAGAUCAAUCGCGGUGGCCACAUAGAGACAUACCACACCAAAUCUUCUGACUCCGUGCUGGUGCCUUGGCCUGGCGAGCCAUUAGAGUCAGGCGAGGAAGCGACCGUCAGAGUCAAGUCUUUUGGUCGCCACCGUCAUGAUAAUACGCCCUGGUCGGACCCGGUCAGCGUUGAGCCGGGCCUGCUGAGCCCAGAGGACUGGCAGAGCGCGGAAGCAAUCGUGUCCGAUCGAGCGACCGAGGUGAACAGUACGCAUCGCCCAAUAUACUUUCGCAAAGACUUCUCCGUGGAUGAGGAAGUACUCGCGGCUAGGUUAUACAUAACCGCACUGGGGGUAUACGAGGCUCAUCUCAAUGGACAAAGGGUCGGAGAUCUCGUCCUUGCACCCGGCUGGCAGUCAUAUGCAUAUCGACACGAGUACAAUACCUACGAUGUCACGGACCUGCUACAAACUGGUGAUAAUGCUAUCGGUGUCACCGUGGGAGAGGGCUGGUGGGCAGGUAACAUUGGCUUCUCAGGGAACCGCAACAUCUAUGGUGAUACGCUUGGUGUGCUCUGUCUGCUUUCCGUGACCACCUCGAAUGGCACAAAAACCUUUAUCCCUAGCGAUGGGACGUGGAAGUCUUCAACGGGCCCCAUAGUCGCCUCGGAAAUCUAUCACGGCGAGAAAUACGACUCGACACAAGAGUUUGAGGGUUGGGAUAGCCCUGGGUUCGACGCCACAGAAUGGCUAGGGACGCAUGCGGUCGACUUUGACAAGAGUGUCCUUGCUGCCCCAGAUGCGCCCCCCGUUCGACGAAUCGAGGAGCGAAAGCUGGAAAAUGUCUUCUCCAGUGCGUCGGGAAAGACGGUGCUCGACUUUGGGCAGAAUCUCGUUGGGUGGUUACGUGUGCGCGUCAAAGGGCCGAGGGGCAGCACGAUAACAUUCGUCCACACCGAAGUCAUGGAGAACGGCGAAGUUGCAACUCGUCCCCUGAGAACGGCAAAGGCCACAGACAAGCUCAUUCUCUCCGGCGAAGACCAAGAAUGGGAGCCAUCGUUUACCUUCCACGGCUUCCGGUACGUGCAGGUCGAGGGCUGGCCCGCGGAGACAGAGCUCAAUGCAGACUCCAUCACUGCGAUCGUGGUAAAUACCGACAUGGAACCAACGGGCUUCUUCAACUGCUCGAAUCCACUUCUUAACAAACUACAUGAGAACAUCAUUUGGUCCAUGCGUGGAAACUUCCUCUCUAUCCCAACAGAUUGUCCUCAGCGCGACGAGCGUCUUGGGUGGACGGGCGAUAUUAACGCCUUUGCCCGUACGGCGAACUUCAUCUACAACACCGCUGGCUUCCUCCGCGGGUGGCUGAAGGAUGCAUACAAGGAGCAAGUGGCAAACAACUACGCACUACCUUUUGUUAUUCCUAAUAUCUUAGGGCCCUCCGGGGGCGCUGCCGUCUGGAGCGACGCGAUUGUCUCUGUUCCCUGGGCGCUCUUCCAAACCUAUGGUGACAAAGGCAUGCUUCUUGAACAGUAUCCCGGGGCACAAGACUGGAUCGAUAGGGGACUUCCGCGCAACGAAGUUGGUCUCUGGAACAGAUCGGCGUUUCAGUUUGGAGAUUGGUUGGACCCCAAGGCCCCCGCGGACAGUCCGGGUGCUGCUACGACGAGCACCAGCCUUGUUGCGGAUGCGUAUCUGAUCCAUAGCACGGAGCUUCUCGCAAACAUCUCCUCGUACCUCUCUCUACCAAAGAACGCUGCACAGUACGCUCGCGAUCGUGAAAGGCUCACGCGUCUCUUCCAAUCAGCCUGGAUUACAAGAAACGGGAUCGUUGCCAAUGAAACGCAGACGGGUCUCACGCUCCCGCUCUACUUCAAGCUCUUCGCGAAACCACAGCACUACACCUCUGCGACCGACCGACUCACCAAGAUAAUCGCCAAGAACGACUACAAAGUCGGAACGGGCUUCGCAGGAACACAUCUGCUCGGCCACGCCCUCACAGAGUACGACGCCGCCGACACAUUCUACAAGAUGCUUCUGAACGAGGAAGUCCCCGGGUGGCUCUUCCAGGUGAUCAUGAAUGGCACAACAACCUGGGAGCGCUGGGACAGCAUGCUACCAAAUGGCAGCGUAAAUCCCGGCGAGAUGACCUCGUUCAAUCACUACGCCGUCGGAUCCGUGGGGAGCUGGAUGCAUGAGAAUAUCGGUGGGUUGAGUCCGGCUGAGCCCGGGUGGAGGAGGUUCAAUGUGUCUGUGAAGCCUGGGGGUGGGUUGACGUCAGCCGAGGCACGGUUUUUGUCGCCGUAUGGGCUUGUGCAGGCGAGGUGGACUGUUGAGAAGGGUCAGAAGGGGGGGUGUAAGGAGGUGUUCAAGUUGGCGGUGACUGUUCCUGCGAAUAGUGAGGCUGUUGUCAGUCUGCCUGGGCGCCCGGUGAGGGGGAGAGGAGACGACGAGGUUGUUGUCGGAUCGGGCGUUCAUCAUUUCGAUCGAUGUUUGAAGUAG